AAAAUCAUCUCCAUAAAUACAUCAUUAUAUAAACUCUCACCAGUCACUUUUCACAUUCCAAAAGUGCACAAUUGAUUACAGAUUUGUGUAAGCAGAAAGAAGAAAAAGUAGAUAAAAACAGGAAAAAAUAGUGAAAAAUCUAGUUUGUUUGCUUCUUCCUUCGUUGCUAUCUUCUGUUUUCGCUGUGCCUCUCUGCUAUUUCUGUUAUCUUAAUCCUACCCCCCCCCCCUCCCCACCCACCCAAUCUAUCCCGUUUAUAUACCAAAAACUCACAAAAAUUAGAACAAAAUUUUGCAAUGACAAAGGAGAAGGAGAGGAAAAUGUUUGUUGGUGUUGUUUGGAAUUGUGCAGCUGAGCUCAAACUUCUACUUACUGCUAUCCUUUUCCUAUUUUCACUUAUUACUAUUCUUCAAUUCAUGCCCUCUCGUUUCUCUUUGAGUUCUACUUCAAAUCUCGGAACUUGCGUUACCGCUCCAUCUAUCUCGACAUCAAAUAUCACCACAUCAAAUACUGUUGAUUCUGUUUCUAUUUUAAUUUCAGCUGUUAAUAACGUCACAGCUAAUAUUCCACCGCCACCGCCACCGGCACUAGCCAAGGAUGAAGUACUUGAAAACGGUGUUGUUAAGCGUGCUUUCAACCCGUUUGGUUCGGCUGCGUAUAAUUUUAUACUGAUGUCUGCUUAUAGAGGCGGUCUUGAUACUUUUGCUGUUAUGGGUUUAGCUUCGAAGCCAUUACAUGUUUAUGGAAAGCCCAGUUACACUUGUGAAUGGAUCCCGAAUAAUAAUAAUAAAAAAUCUAUUAAUGUUUCUGGUACCAAAAUCCUUCCAGAUUGGGGAUAUGGUAGAGUGUACACUGUUUUAGUUGUAAAUUGCACAUUCCCUGUCCCGGUUGGUAAUAGCAAAAACAACACACAUGGAGGGAAGUUACUGAUUCACGCUUCCACCAAUGGCGGUGGUGAAACUAAAUUCAAUAUGACCGACACUUUUGUGGCGUUAACAGAGUCGGAGCAGGAUUUCACAAAGUUCAUUUCCACAUUCAGUAAAUCACCAAAGUAUGAUUUCCUUUAUUGUGGUUCGUCUCUGUAUGGUAAUUUGAGUCCACAGAGAGUACGUGAAUGGCUUGCAUUUCACGUGAGAUUUUUCGGAAAGAAAUCUCAUUUUGUAAUUCAUGAUGCUGGAGGUGUACACGAGGGAGUAAUGGCAGUGUUGAAACCAUGGAUGGAGAAAGGAUAUGUUACGUUACAGGAUAUUCGAGAUCAAGAGAGGUUCGACGGUUAUUAUCAUAAUCAGUUUCUCAUUGUUAAUGACUGUUUGCAUAAGUACAGAUUUCAAGCGAAAUGGAUGUUCUUUUUCGAUGUGGAUGAGUUCAUAUUUGUGCCUAAGAAGAGUACUAUUAAGUCUGUGGUUGAUUCAUUAUCGGCUUAUACACAGUUCACCAUUGAACAAAUGCCCAUGUCCAACAAGCUCUGUCUUGAAGAAGACCGUGGUAAAUCUUACAGGAAAUGGGGAUUUGAGAAGCUAGUGUACAAGGAUGUCAAGCGCGGAAUAAGGAGGGACCGGAAAUACGCGGUGCAACCUCGCAAUGUGAUAGCCACGGGCGUGCACAUGUCACAGAACACAGUAGGAAAGACGACCCACAAGACGGAAGGACGGAUCAAGUACUUCCACUAUCACGGGACGAUAGCCGAACACAGGGAGCCAUGUCGGCAGUUGGUCAAUACCACGACGAUCACCAUUGACCAGACCCCGUAUGAAGUGGACACCACAAUGAGAGACAUUGCUGGAACUGUGAAGAGAUUCGAACUCAAGAUGAUUGGAUCUACACUACAAAGAACAAGACAAUAGUAAGCAGGUGGAUAUUUUGCUACUGUUUUGCAACUUUUUUUUUGGGGGGGGGGCGGGGGGGAUGAAUUUUUUCUUCUUUGAGGUUCAUUUAUGUAUGAUAAAUUUUUAUGUUGUAGAUUUUUUUAGUAUAGAAACAACAGAGACAGGUGGUAUAUGUUUUGGUAUAAUAUUAUAGGAUUACAUUGUGUUUUGUAUUCUUUUCUGUUAAUUCAUAUACUAAUCAGCUUUUUCCCGA